CAACUAUUUUACAUACACAUUAGCAUUGUAUUGUUGUGUACAAAAGUAUUUACCUACUGAUCAAUUUUUGAAAACAAUCUGUUAACCAGAAUUAGAAUCAAGUAAGAAAUAUAGUUUUUCUUUGGACGCAUACAGAGUAAACUGAUAAUGUAUAUCACAGCAUUAUUGGCACUAUUAUUAGGGCCUGCAUAUUGUGAUCACCACGAAAGGACAAAUCAGUUGCCGGACAGAUCGACAAUCGUUCAUUUAUUUGAAUGGAAAUGGAGGGAUAUUGCUGAUGAGUGUGAAAGGUUUCUUGCACCUCAUGGUUUUAGUGGCGUUCAGGUCUCUCCACCGUCCGAAAAUAUAAUUAUACAUUUAAACGACAACACGAGACCGUGGUAUGAACGGUACCAAGUAAUGUCGUACAAACUUGUGACCCGGUCAGGGAAUGCAGAAGAAUUCUUGAAUAUGACAAAGCGAUGCAAUAAAGUUGGUGUGAGGAUCUAUGCGGAUGUAGUUGUUAAUCAUAUGACUGGUGACAACCGAAACAACAUAGGGACUGGAGGCAGUACUGCCGAUUUCCAGAAGUAUUCAUAUCCAGCCGUCCCAUACACAGAAGAGCACUUCCAUCAUCCAUUUUGUUUUAUAAAUAACUACUACAACGUUACUGAAGUUCGCGACUGUCAGUUGAAUGGUCUAAAAGAUUUGAAUCAGAGUAUGGCGUAUGUCCGUCAGAAAAUUACGAAAUAUUUUAAUCAUUUAAUUGAACUUGGAGUAGCUGGUUUCAGAGUGGACGCCGCGAAACAUAUGUGGCCAAGUGAUUUAAAGAAAAUUUACAGUAGACUAAAUAAUUUGAACGUCGAUUUUGGCUUCCCGCCGAAUUCAAAGCCAUAUAUUUAUCAAGAAGUUAUAUACUAUGGUAAUGAACCUAUAAAACCAUCGGAGUAUACGCCUAUUGGAGAUGUCACAGAGUUUAGAGUGGGAUCGGAGUGGGCAAAUAUCUUUCGCACCAAUAACCCCCUUAAAUGGCUUGUAUCGUGGGGUGAACAGUGGGGGUUGUUACCAAGUGACUCAGCAUUGACUUUCAUAGACAACCACGAUACGCAGAGAAAUGGAGGCGUCCUUACUUAUAAGCAAUCGAGGGCAUAUAAGGCCGCUAUAGCAUUCAUUCUAGCACAUCCAUAUGGCGAACCUCGAAUAAUGAGCAGCUAUUUCUUCAAUGAAAUACAUCAAGGACCUCCGAGUGAUAGUAAUGAAAAUAUCAUUUCUCCAAGUGUUAAUAAGGAUGACACAUGCGGAAAUGGCUGGGUGUGUGAACAUAGAUGGCGUCAAAUAUACCAAAUGGUUGCAUUCAGGAAUGCAGUUGGAAAAGAAAGGGUACAGAAUUGGUGGGACAACGGUAAUAACCAGAUAGCGUUUAGUAGUGGUAAUAAAGGCUUUAUUAUCUUCAACGUGGAGGGGAGAAACUUGAAUGAGUCAUUACAGACAGGUUUACCACCUGGUGAUUAUUGCGAUGUGAUAACUGGUAAAAGACAGGGUACAACAUGUACUGGACGUAAAGUGACAGUGGGCAACAAUGGUUAUGCCAAUAUAAAUGUACUGGGCGACGCUGAAGAUACGCAUUUGGCUAUUCACGUAGGAAAAGAGGUAUGGAAUGUAAUAUUGGUAGUAAUAUAGUUUAUUCAUUAUUAAAUUAAUAUACACGUAAUAAAUAUGAUUAUAUACCUGCCUUAUAUGCCAAAUCGACUUUCCUGUACAUAAUGCAAUCUUUUGAGCUUCAAGAUUCUAUUAAAGUAGUUUAUUUAUAGUUUUAUAUGUAUUAUGUGUUUUAUAUUUCAACAUGGUCGGAUGGAAUGACGUUUACAGGUUGCUCAAUGAAUUUAAAUCAUACAGUUCAAUACAAAAUAAUAAUUUCUAUUCAACUGUAUUAUUUUUACUUAUAUUUGCUCUAAAAUGAUGAUGAUUAACUUUAUUAAUUUUGGAACAUAAAACUAUUUUAAAUAUACUUGCGUACCUCUAUAAGUUUUUACAUCCAUUGAAUUAUUUUUUUACUUUCGUUACAUUUUCCAAAAUUACUUAUAGAUGCAAUAAAGAUGUUUAUCCAAAGAUUAAGGGGUGAAAUGGGCAAUGAAAAGUGGGAAACUCAUCAUCAUAUUAUUUUUCAAACCAUUAAUUAUUUGAAAUGACGAUAAUACAAUUAAAAGAUGUAUAGAUAUUUUUGGUAUUCGAUUGGAUUAAAGAUUAAUAAUUGACUCGUAUCAAUAACAUGAUUAAUGAGUACAUUCUUAUCAAAUCCUAUUUUUAUGUAGAUAAUUAAUAAUGAUCAUGUUAAGAUAAUUAUUAAAAUUAAAAACAGAAGCGAAUAGAUAAUCGAGGCGAUGAUAAUAUCAUUACAUGUUUUAAUCAGCGCGUCCUUGCUUGCUUGUUGCUAAAAAACAUGUUUUUUAUGUUAUAGAUAAACAGGCUGUCGAAUACCUUUUUUAUCUUGUGGAAAAAUCUUUAAAAGCCGUCUCCUCGCUGGUGGGAGACGAAGGGGUUCUUGAUACUCGGCACGCUCAGCUCUCGUUUGUCUUUUAAACGUCUUUUAACAUUAUUAUUAGGACAUAAAGGCUUUGUAAUUUAUGUUCUUUGACUUUUAUAAAACAUAUAUAUUAAAAUUAACUAUAUAUUUAUUUUACUAUAUUUUUUGUUUCAGUCUUCUCUUCAAGUAAAUUGACGGAAUAUGCCACGAGAUAAGAAAAGCGCGUCAGUUUUAUGUUUUCGAAUAUAAUUAAGGUUCCUAUAUUAUCAAGAAAGUGAUUAUGUAUUCGUAAUAACAACAAAAUAGUUAUUGACUUUAUAAUAUGCUAAAUUAAUAAAUAUUUAUAUAAUUAGUUA